AAAUAGGAGAGAUUCUUUGGCGGUUAUAUCAAGGGAUUUUUGAUAUUGAAUUUGAAAGGAGACAAUACAAUGUUUACAUUGAUUUCGCGAGGAAGGCACGACUCAUCGACAAUAAUAUGCAGACCAUGCAGGCGGUGACGAUGACGUAGAGGGGGGUUGGCAGCCCCUGCCGAAUGGAGUAACAAUCAACAAAAAACCUACCUUCAGUGAUAUCUACAAUCAGUGAUGCCUUCACUCUCUCCUCUACUUUAUACGAACUUUCAGAUAACAUUCAUUCUCAUUUGACUGGAUGCUCUUUCACAAAUCGAUCUUCUAAGCCAAUCCUCGACGCUAAUCGUUGAAGCCAAUCAUCCAAGUCAAUCGACCAAGUCAUAUCGCCGCUCACCUUCAUCAUGUCCGCUACAUUCGGCCGAUCCAUUCCAAAGGCCCUUACGCGGCUCCAACCCUCCCGGAACCACCUCCCCAGCUUCCCCAAGCGCACCCCCCCCUCCUCCCUCCUCCCACCCACCGCCGCCCCUCGCCCCUUCUCAUCCGCCUCCACGCUUCGGGACACCGACAAGCCCGACAAAGACAAGAAAGCCGUGCACGGCGCGAAACCCAAGAUCCUAGAUGAGGACCCGCCACUGGAGAAGGACCAGGCGGAGGACGUGAAGCAGCAUAAUCGGGAGAUGGACACGCGGGCGGAGCGGGCGGCGGUGUCGGUGUCGGUGGACGAUGCGCCGCAGGAUAAGGUGCCGAAGGGGUUUUGGUCGGAUCCCGAUAAGAGAGCGGAGGAAAAGCCGAAGAAGACGAAGUAGUUGACUGGGACGCAAGGCACCGUGAUACCCACUGAUCAGGAAGCCGUUUUUUCUGCUGUACACUCAAUGGAUGGUGAGAGGAGACGAAAGGAGAAGUGCAAAGUUCUAGGUAGCGAAUCGAUGAAGAUAGUCGACUAGAACAAGAAAAAACGCCAAUUCCUACAGCAUUGGCAUGGUGAGGGGUGUUAUCCUGUACUAGUAUUAUAUAUCUGGAUCGAGAAUUCUAAUCAUCGAUCAAAUUAUCGAUCAAAUCAGUACGGU